AAAAUUACUCCACAAACCGAUAUGCCUAAUAAAGAAGCGCGUGGGCGCGACGCAUAGUAAUUAGCAAACCUUAAUCCCCCUACGCCUCUCCUCUCUCUAUAUAAACGACUAAAAUCUCGACCACCCAAAACAAAACAAGUCCAACACGCAGAGCAAAUUAAAAACACUAUUGCCAGUCAUGUCAAACGGCUACAGCCACUCCCCGCCGCCGGUCCACCUCUGCUUCUUCCUCGUCAUCCUCUUCAUGUUCGUCGGAAUCACGUGGUACAUCAACUACGAGUCCAUCUUCGAGGGGCUCUUCGAUCAGAUCAAGCUGCUCCUGAUGGUGUCGCCGCUGCUCCUCCUCCUCGCCGUGCAUUUUCUCUCCGCCUUCGACGCCUCCUUCUUCUUCAUCCCGCUGCCGGAGCAGGACUCCUUCCACCGCGCCGGCGGCACGCCCUGGGGCGUCGGCCUGCUUCUCGUCCUCCUCUUCUUCAUGAUCUCUUAUCAGUCCGAUUUUCGCGACCGCUGGUUUCCGCUGCUUAGUUGAUGCCUACGCGACGUCGUUUUUGCUUACUUGAUUAAUCAUAACUAUCAUCGCCAUCUUUUUAUGUGUAUAUUGUACAUCUUCUUGGUUGGGGUGUUUAUCUUUUUUCUACUUUUUUUUGGUGUCUACUUAGCUUUCUAAUUGUUAACGAGGGGAAGAUUAGAGCUAAUGACGUAUUAUAUAUUCUAAUACAUGUUAUUAAUUGGAUUAAUUGCACCAAAA